CCCAUCCAAUUGGACUUGCUCCCCGGCGCGGAUUUCGGUUGAGGGCAUAUUUUGCAUUCAAAAUCGCUCAAUUAAUUGCGGUUUUUUGUGUAAAGUGCACGCCGAUUGUAAUUAUAAAAUCGCCAGUAAUCAAUCGUCGUCGAGUCGUGGGUGAAAUUAAAACUAAUCUGAAGCCGGGGGAAAGGGCUGAAGCAAUUUUCAGCUGCGCAGUUAAGGGAAAACUAAAGAAACCGACACACCACAUCGUUUGCUGUCCCCGUCUUAACUGGAAGAGUAAACAAAACACAAACAACAUGACAAAUAUGCGCCCACAGAAAUCCAAGUUGCUGAAGGUCGUCAUACUGGGCGAUGGGGGCGUUGGAAAGUCUGCCCUACUCACCCGCUUCGUUUCGAACCGCUACGAGGAGAACAAUUUCCACACCAUCGGCGUUGAGUUCAUGAACAAGGAUAUAGUCGUCGAGGGCGAGCGCUACACACUGCAGAUAUGGGACACUGCCGGUCAGGAGCGAUUCCGGGCUCUUCGGACACCCUUCUACCGUGGAUCGGACAUUUGCCUGCUGUGUUAUGCUCUGGACGAUAGGGACAGCUUGAAUGGAUUGGAUUUGUGGCGAAAUGAGUUCCUCAACUAUGCGGAUGUGGAUCCCGAAAAAUUUCCCUUCAUUGUGGUGGGCAAUAAGAAUGACAUACCUCCACAGAAGCGCCAGGUGAGCUACGAGCGCGUGCAGCAGUGGUGCGCCGACCAAAAGAUCGCCUCCCACAUCGAGACGUCCUCGAAGGCGGCCACCAAUGUCACGGAUGCCUUUAUCCUGGGCCUGCGCCAGUGGCGUCACAUGGAGUGCGUGGCCGAGGCGGAGCUGCGGCAGCAAGGCGACACUAUCGACCUCACCCGCCCCAUACGCCUUGUGCAGCGACGCAUCUGUUGCACAGGAGGCGGUGGUGGUGGGGGCCAGGACGGGGAUGCGGAUAAUGACAGCGAUGCCGCCAUGCGGAGUCCGGGAAAAAAGCGCAAUGCAGCUAAGGCGCCAGCCACCAAUUAUCGGCUGUGAGCAGACAGACUGCAGCUGACAGGGAAUCUACGCUUAAUUUAACCACUUAUCAAGGUCCUGACCUUGACCCUACUCCCAGCAAAUGCAUUCCAUUCUAAAGCGAAAAAGAGACAGAGACCAAAAAGUUAAAAAAUGAUUAAUUAAUUAUAUACACAUAUUUUAAAGGUUAUUUUUGUAUGAUUUACUUUUUUAAGUAACUAGCAAAAGAAAAUAUUCUUUAAAAGCAGCGAAUAUUAGGACAGAAAACGUUUUUGUCUUUAAAUUUAUAUAAAUAUUAAUUUAUAAAUGGAAAUAGUAUUAUAUUCAACAAGUUGACUGUACCAAAAUAACAUGAUAUAUGCUUUUGUUAUAAUACAGAACGAAAUAUAUUGUGUACUAAAGACUCUUGCACUGUAUAACAGUAAGACAAGUGUCCGAAAAACUGUUAUAAAUGAAUUAUAUUGGUUGCUUAAAUUAUAUAUCACACUCGGGUUACUUUUAACACACUAAAAAUGCUUUGAUUGUAAGCUACAAAUGGUAAACUUAUUUGCCUUUCGAUGUGCCUUAGGAAUUAAGACCAAAUAUUGUUUCAGUAUAUAUAAACAAUAUAAUAUUCUGUGCAAUUUUACUCAAACAUCACCAAUGAUUCUAAGAAAGACAUUUUUUGACUGCUACUUACCCAAUGUUUAUAAAUGGAUUAUUACACAGAUUUAUGGAUAUUAAAAUAAAUUGAAAAAAUAUCGAAAAA